AUGGCUAUGCCAAUGCCAGAUUUAUCAAAUGCCAUCGUAGCACAAGAUGAAAUGGGUAGACCAUUCAUUAUUGUACGUGAUCAAGGUAAAAAACAAAGAAAACAUGGAAUUGAAGCAACAAAAUCUCACAUUUUAGCAGCAAGAUCAGUUGCAAGUAUAGUUAAAACUUCUUUAGGUCCAAGAGGCUUAGAUAAAAUCUUAAUAAGUCCAGAUGGAGAUAUUACCAUAACGAAUGAUGGUGCUACUAUAUUAUCACAAAUGGAAUUAGAUAAUCAAAUUGCUAAAUUAUUAGUUGAAUUAUCAAGAUCUCAAGAUGAUGAAAUUGGAGAUGGUACUACUGGUGUUGUUGUUUUAGCUUCUGCGUUAUUAGAUCAAGCAUUAGAAUUAAUUGAAAAGGGAAUACAUCCAAUUAAAAUAGCAAACGGAUUUGAUGAAGCUUGUAAAAUUGCAGUUACUCAGUUAGAUAAAAUAGCAGAUGAAGUAUUAAUCAAUGAAAAACCAAAUCUUUUAAAAGCAGCCAAGACUUCUUUAGGUUCAAAAAUAGUUUCUAAAGCUCAUGAUCAUUUUGCAAAUAUGGCAGUUGAUGCAGUAUUAGCAGUUGCUGAUUUAGGUAGAAGAGAUGUCGAUUUUGAAUUGAUUAAAAUGGAAAAAAAAGUUGGUGGAUCAAUUGAAGAUUCUAAAUUAAUUAAUGGGGUUUUGUUAGAUAAAGAUUGGAGUCAUCCUCAAAUGCCCAAAGAAGUUAAAGAUUGUAAAAUAGCUAUAUUAACAUGUCCAUUUGAACCACCAAAACCUAAAACGAAACAUAAAUUAGACAUAUCAACAGUUGAAGAGUUUAAAGUAUUACAAGAAUAUGAACAAAAAAAAUUUCAAGAAAUGAUUGAUUUAGUCAAACAAUCUGGUGCUAAUGUUGUUGCUUGUCAAUGGGGUUUUGAUGAUGAAGCAAAUCAUUUAUUAUUAGCCAAUAAAUUAAAUGCUAUAAGAUGGAUUGGUGGAUCUGAAUUAGAAUUAUUAGCUAUAGCUACUAAUGGUCGUAUAGUACCUAGAUUCGAAGAUUUAAGUGCCAAUAAAUUAGGUAAAGCAGGUAUAAUAAAGGAGUUAGAAUUUGGUACAACAAAAGAUCGUAUGUUAGUAAUAGAAGAAUGUUCAAAUACAAAAGCAGUUACUUGUUUUAUAAGGGGUUCAAAUGAAAUGAUUGUUGCAGAAGGUGUAAGAGCUUUACAUGAUUCAUUAUGUGUUGUUCGUAAUUUAAUAAGAGAUAAUAGAGUAGUUUAUGGUGGAGGGGCUUCUGAAUUAACUUGUUCAAUUGCAGUAUCAGAAGCAGCCGACAAGCAAAAGGGAAUAGAUCAAUAUGCUUUUAGAGCUUUUGCUAACGCUUUAGAUACAAUUCCAUUAACAUUAGCUGAAAAUUCAGGUUUAGAUCCAAUUGAAACUUUAAGUAAUUUGAAAGCAAAACAAGUUAAUGAAAAUAAUUCCCAUUUAGGUGUUGAUUGUCUUGGUAAAGGUACUAAUAAUAUGAAAGAUUUGUUUGUAAUUGAUCCAUUAAUUGGUAAAAAACAACAAUUAUUAUUAGCUACUCAAUUAACUAGAAUGAUAUUGAAAAUUAAUGAUGUUAUCAUUAGUGGAACUGAUGAUUAUUAA